UGUCCUUUCAACAGUCAGCUGCAGGGAGCACAUUUCACAGGGGCAAUGCUGGCUCUCUAACACACAUACACACACAUACACACACACACUCAUGCUGUUACCGAACUCUCAGUCACACACACAGGCAUGCGCUCACACUGACACUCACACCACACAUACACCAUCUCCAAAGAUACACAUUUCUCCUGAGCUGGAUGCCUCUCUUUAAAGGACACACUGCUUUGAGGAUUUCACUUGGCUUUCUUAUAAAAAGGGAGGGAGAACAGACAGAAAAGGAGAAAGAGGAAGGAUUAAUUUGAGGACACCUUACUUCACAGGAGAUGUACAACUUGUCAGCAUGACACCUUGUCUGGAUUCCCCUCUCCUCCUCAGGCAAAAAUCCUGAAAAUGAUGGAUGACAACAAGCAGUUGGCUCAGCGCAUCGAUGGGGCCAUUCAGUCCGCCAGCCAGGAAGUGACCAACCUGCGGUCAGAGCUGAGCGCCACCAGCCGCAGACUGGCCGAACUGGGGGCGAGCGACUCUGCCAGCACGCUCGAGACCCUGCAGCAAAACCACAACGGUAGGAGAGUCGCUCGAAAUCCCUCUCCCCACCAAAGGCAGAAGCCAUCGGCCACUGACCUCUGCUACAAGACUGAAAUCAGCAGUCUGAUGGACUUCAACUCUCCGGACGCCUCACUGGACAAAGUCCUGCUGCGUGAGGAGGUGGCCCAGCUCCAAGAGGAGGUGCACCUGCUGCGGCAGAUGAAGGACAUGUUGAGUAAGGACCUGGAGGAGACCCAGGGAGGCUGCUCGGCCGACGUGCUCUCUGCCACCGAGCUCCGCGUGCAGCUGGCCCAGAAGGAGCAGGAGCUGGACCGAGCCAAGGAGGCGCUGCAAGCCAUGAAGUCGGACCGUAAGCGUCUGAAGGUGGAGAAAGCAGACCUGGUGAACCAGAUGCAGCAGCUUUAUGCCACACUGGAGAGCCGGGAGGAGCAGCUCCGCGACUUCAUACGCAACUAUGAGCAGCACAGAAAAGAGAGCGAGGAUGCGGUGAAGGCACUGGCCAAAGAGAAGGACCUGCUGGAGCGAGAGAAGUGGGACCUGCGGCGGCAGACCAAGGAAGCCACGGAGCACACGGGGAUGCUGCGCUCCCAGCUCGACCUCAAGGAGAACCGCAUUAAGGAACUGGAGGCUGAACUGGCCAUGGCCAAACAGUCACUAGCAACCCUGACCAAGGAUGUGCCCAAGCGUCACUCUCUGGCCAUGCCCACGGAAACGGUUGUGAACGGCAACAACCAGGAGUGGGUGAUGCAGGCCGACCUUCCCCUGACCGCUGCCAUCAGACAGAGUCAGCAGACCCUCUACGUCCACACGGGCCACCCCACUGACCGACAAGUGGCUGCCGUGCGAGUGAGCCCGUGCCACUCGCGUCAGCCCUCCAUCAUCUCCGAUGCCUCGGCGUUGGAGGGAGACCGGUCAUCCACACCAAGUGACAUCAACUCACCACGCCAUCGGACCCACUCCCUCUGCAAUUCCCUAGAAGAUCUGGAGGAGGCGAAGCGUAAGAAGAAGAAAGAGAAGAUGGGUCUGGGCUCUCUGUCGCGUGUCUUCGCCCGGGGGAAGCAGCGCAAGUCCCUCGAGCCUGGUUUGUUUGAUGGUACUUCAACGCCUGAUUAUUACAUAGAGGAAGAUGCAGACUGGUAAAGCACUCAUGUCCAAGCGAACCAGCUGGAGAGCCUUUUUGGCAGUGAUCAGAAGACAGCAGUGUGUGUGUGUGUGUGCGUGUGUGAGUGAGUGUGUGUUGGAUGUCAGUGUGUACAGCUAUAAUAAUGUGUGUGCCUGCGCAGACUCGCAUACAUCCAUACUUCCGUGUGGGUGAGAGUGUUUGCAUGCGUGAGUCGUCCAUGGUCAGAGGCCAUGUGAGGAGGCGGAGGCGCGUCUUGCUUUGCUGAAGUGUAAAUCUUAACAAGCAAAGUGCACCUGUUUGUAUGUACAGUCCUGUAAAUAGAGUGGACAGUGUGACAUCACGACCAUGUGGAUAUGUUCUAUUGUAUCUGCCCGCCAACACGACUGUGUUACUGGAUCUUUUAAUUGUUCUUUACAUUUUGACUUUUUGUUUUCACUCAACUGGAAACUUGAAGGACUGCUGUACUUGUAAAUAACAACAGUUGAUGUGCACUUUGUGCGUGUAAAUGUCUCCUUGUCCUGAAUGCCUUUUUGUUAUUUUUGACAUGUACUCCCUUCCUCUCACUACCUUUUAACUUGAACUCCUCACUGUUUAUUGUCCUGCUUGGUCCAUCCCCCUCCUUCCACACUGCCAUGAUGAGAACAGUUUCCUGUCGGCAACAUGCAGACUCCUCAAAUCCGCCUCUAAUUCGGUCGCACAACACAUCCCUCAGCCUCCAAGAAAACUGUACUCCUUGAUGUUCGCUCAAUUGAGACUUCAAAGACGCUGCUAAGCGAGGAAUAAACUUUCUAUGCAGAACAGUUUGUUCCACUUCACCAUUAAGCCAAACAGGAAAUGCAAGAAAUGUGUUUUCUAUCUGCCAAGAUAGAAGGUACAUGCCGAAGGUACAUGUGUGACAUGCAUGCACAUAGUCCCAGUCCCCAAAUGCAUGUUGAACAAAACCUUGCUAACAGAAAUGUAUUUCUCUGGGUAUGUUGUCGAGUAGGGCUUUAAAAAAAAAAAAAAAAGAGAGGUCAGUUACUAAUUUCAUGAUGUUUAUUCAUGAUUUUAUCCAUUACAAAUGAAGUUAUUUGAUUUCUUAUUCAGAAAAACUUUCUGAUCGAUGUUAAGGAGCUUAACAUCCCAAACUAAACAUAUAACAUUUUAAUCUGCACCUAUAAGGCUCUUUGUACAAACGUUCAUUUAAAAUAUAUUCAUGGUCAGCCAAGUUAACAGUCACAAAAAAAACCGGCACUACACUUUGAAUGCUUAAGUAAUUAUCCCACUUAUUCAUGAGGCUUUGUACCAUUUUCUUACUGUAGGAUCUUACAGUAGCUUGUAACUUUAUCGUUUUAUUAAUACUGAAAAUUAUUCUGGGAACAGUUAGUCUAACAAAAGAAAGCUAUUAUCAUAACAUAAGUAAGAUAUUGUAGAUAUUAUACUGAUGGUCAAGGCUUUUCCAAACCUCUUGAAUUGGAUCACUUUACCAGAAAAUCUGAACUUCAAUUAAGAGUCCUGAGCGUGGAGCAGACAUUAAAUGACCUGUUAUAACAAUAAGGAGUGCCAACCCCGGAGCUUAAAGAUCAGAUUUAAGCAGGCUAAUCAAACUGAAGCAUACCUUCUCCCAUGACCCCCAAAUUCUGAUGCAGAGUUCAAGCCACCAGCUGGAGGGAAAAAAAGCAAUUAACUUUGUGCCAAAGGUUAAUAGUGUUUCUUUAAGCACAAGAAUGACUAGAGACGUGGGAUUAUUUUCAUUCAUUCAUUGGAUGGAGUCUGCACUGCCACCCCCAGGAAAUCUUUUCUCGCCCUGAUUUUAAACUAACACUGUCGGUCUCGUCUGAAACACUAUAGAGUCACAGAUUACAAUGGAGCUGUGGUCAACCACAGUGCUUGUCAAAGAUUAGCAUUUAGCUCAACCUGCAUUUGGGCUCACGGAUAUUGGAUUUAGAGGUGAAUCCCAAAGUUAAGUCACCAUGUAUUUAAUUGUAUGUAUAAGAACAACAGCUCAACCACUUUAUUUCAUUACUCAUUUAAUGAGAUGUAUGAAAGUCUAGGCUAUUUUUUCAUUUUAUCAACCUCUGCUGAGGGGGGGGGGGGGAAACACAUAUCAAAUGAAAAACAUUGUAUAAUGUUUAUGUUUUGAGCCACGGCCUCUUUGUUUUGUUUUUUUGUUUUUUUCACAAAUAUUUUACUUUUUGUAAAUUACAGAAAUAAAAUUAAUAUUAUUAUUAAAGAGUUUUUAUUUAAAGUUAAAGUUGUAGGCCUCAUUGGAGGACUUCUAUUGUGAAGUCCUGAGAUGUUUAGAAGUGGAUAUAGUAGCAAACUUUUAAAGGCAUGGCAACAAAAUUACGCUCAAAAGAACUAAGAAUAAGAUUAUUUUAAAAUAAAAUAAAUAACGUUGAACUUCCAUGUGGCUGUCCUCUCUUUCCCUGUGUUAACAUUUGUGUGUUCACAUGUUCAUUUGUCUUGGUGUGGCUCUAAUCCUGAUUUGUCCCUUUAUGCUAGAGGGGCUGCCAUUUUUAACAUGUGCGUUGAGCCUCCCUCAGCCCUGCAAGUCCCUCUGAGAGAGGACUGCAUCCCCAAAAGCUUCCAAAUGGCCUCCUUUCCUCUCUUUCCCAAUUUGAACUCCUUGUUAAAAAGAAAAGAAAAGCAUUACUUAUUCCUCUUCGAUAUUGAAAUCAAUGAUCAGAAAACGGAGGAGAUUGGAAAGGAAGCCAUGUUAGAUUGUUGGAGCAGACCUCAUAUAUGUCAGCACAUGGUGUCAAUAAUGUUCUGCUUUGAUUUGACCCCUGACCUCUAACACUGACCCCUCUUGCCUGACCUCCAACGGACUCUCAACACAGUGAAGUGACCCAAGAAGUAAUCAAUCAGACUCAGUAAGACCAAGGUACACAAGUUCCAAUUGCUUUGAAAAUGAGCUGUGCUGCUGGGUUGCACGCUGUGUUUGCAGAUGCCUGCUAACUCUCAAACAACAUCACAGAAUGACCUUGGAACUGAGCACUUCUUCAAGUUCAAUCUAAUUCUGAUACAAAUCAUCCAAAAACAAUUGAGUUCUACCGUAUGUGAUGUGCUUUCAGGAGCAACGGAUGAUAACAUAUCACCUGAACAGCAUCCUCUUGAAUCGAAGUCUAAUAUUAGUUUAACACAGAUUUCAGAUUUGACAGAUUCUCAUAAAUUUACCAGUUUAAAGAAUAGUUUGACAUUUUGUGAAAUACACUGACUGGCCUUCUUGUGGAGAGUUGAUUCUACAUUCAUGUCUAAGGUCAAUAUGAAGCUACAGCCAGCAGCCUGUUAGCUUAGCUUCGUGUUCACUGUAUCAAUUUCCUCAUCUCACUCUGGGCAAGAAAGUGAACGUGUUCCCCGAAAUUCAAACUAUUCUUUUAACUUCCUUUAAACUGAAAUUAAAGCUACAGCCAGCAGUCACCCAACGAAAGGGGAAAAGCGCAUUUCCCAACAUAUAGAUCUGCUUAUUUAAGGCUCUCUACUCAACUUGGCUGUAAUAAUGCAUCUGAAACGUCCAUCUGGACUCUUGAUCCAUUCAACUGUAAAACAUUUUGAAUUGCAAAAUCUGAAAAAAUGUAAAAUAUCUAUCAAAUGUAUCACAUGCAUUUUGGUACUACGUGCUCCUCCAUUUCUCACCCGGAGUGUGGCAUCGCAUCAGAAUCGCUGCUGUUGUAGGGAUAACAUCCAUCACACCAGCUAUUGAAGGGCACGUUUAGGGCUUUGAUUGCUUGAACAAAAGCGUUUUCUGCGUAUUAAGCCCUCAAGAUCCAUCACUGUGUACACAACGCAUCAAACACUCAUGGCCUCACAUAAAGGAUGGAAAUGUCUUCACAGUAGUACGGCCACAGCGCUGUAGUAUGUCUUUUUGUCCGCUUUCGGUGUUGUUUUGUUAAAAAGGCUCAAUAGGCUCAGGUCCACAGGAGGACCCGGUUCUCGGCUCACACAGAGUCCAGGGUCUGAAAGGUUUGGCGUCCAACUGGGGGUUAGUCCGUCAAUUCUUAAGUUUCUUUAUGUGACGCCUUGGUAUGAACUGAAAGAUAGACCCUUUAUCUUUCUAUCCAAAAAGCUGAUUUAUUCAGCUUAAUAUGAAUUGCUCUUCGAGGGCCAUAUAGAAGUGCACCUUCAGUUUACGUAUCGCUCUAAGGAGGGCACAUAAAAGCUUGAAAUGAAUUAAUGAACUUGAGUUUAAUACAACUAACCUGCCAUCAUUUAAUGGUGAAUCUCUUUUUGGACUCGCACACAUUAGUGCAGUAAAUUCUGCCAUAAAGGAGGGUUUCUAUUUGGAAACAAGGAGAAAAAGAAACACGCUUUGGGAUCUGUUUUAAGAUUAAAAGGCUCCAGGUACACAUAGCGAGCGUCAUUCCAUCUCGCAUUUCUAUUUUUCCACUGAAACAAAAAGGAUGCUUUGUCAGGUAAAGAUUCUGAAGCCGUCCUUUAUGACUGAAAUCUCAGGUGGAUGCUUUUGUUUCAGGCCUGAGAAGUUAAAGCUCCUGUGUACUGUCACUGGUUGAGUCAGAGAGCACCUUAAAAGUAUGAGACGAGACAGGUGGAUUUUGUGAAUGUUGCUUGUGUUAUCGAAUACAACACAUUAGGUGACGCUGCACAGGCAGUACUAUUUUUACUUUCUCCCUAGACAAUACCUCAAGUGGAGGAGUGUGCUGCAUGCAUGAGCUGCUGGAGCAAUGAUAAUAUGUCCAAUCUUAAAAGUAAUACAUUAUGCUCCACCAACCGCUGAGCCCAGAACUGGUACUGGGGUGCCACCUGCUGGUAAAGACAGGGCAACGUGUCUCAGUUAAACAAAGUGAGCUGCGUUGUUGGCCAGUAUAUUUAAAUAUUGACAAAAAAGGUAAACGGGGGAAACAUUUGGUCCAAGUUAGGAACAUAAAGGUCAAACAUUCCAAGACAUAAUUUGAGGAGCAUUUAAAGGACAUAUUACAAUUUCAAGGCAGAAUUUACCCUACAGUUAAUUUGAGUCAGAUUUCAUAACGCAUCAAAAUGGAACUUCAUUUUCCAAAAUUGCAGGCUUUCUGUUGUCAUGGAGGUGUUGCUGCAGGCUAAUUUAUACGCGUUAAUUCAACAGGUCAAACAGCUGCGUGUUUAAUAGACUUCUUAAGUGAGGAGCUUGUUUAUAAAAGCUGCAACUUUGUUUACAAGUUGGCAGACGUUUGGCUCGUUGUCAUGCAGCCAAAAAGCUUAGGAUGUGGUUUAAAGCGUGUUUGUUUUGAAGAAAAUACUCGUGUCUCGUUCCCUUCGCCCACUGAGCACAUUGUAUGUUAAACUGAUUCAAAAUUGUUACAGUAUGUUGGGAUUAAUGUGUUUUGCUUUUUCAUCGCUCACUAUACCCACUACCACCUCUGCCUUCACUCACGCCCUCAACUACAUCACCCACAUGC